AUUAUUGGUUAGACAGGCUACAGAGAAGUUCUCUAGAUAUAAUACUUUGUUUUUUCAUAUCAGAACUAGUCUCUCUAAGCUUAGUUAGGCUGGCUUUCCCUUCCUUAUCUUUGGAUUUCCUUGAAGCUUUUUGGGUUUCCAAUGGCUGUUAAGCAAAAGGGUCCUUGGAGAAAUUCUGGACCAAGCAGGAGCAGAAUGCAGGGGUUGGAUUCUCCUUCAGUACAUUUCUUCAAGAUAAUACUUCCCUCCACCCUUGAUGACCAAAAACUGGAAAUCCCAAAAAAGUUUGGUGAAAGAUUUGGCAAUGAACUCUCUACAAUUGCUACCAUCAUAGUCCCCAACGGCCGCAUUUGGCAACUGGGAUUGCAGAAAUCAGAGGGGAGUUUUUUUUUUGUUGAUGGUUGGCAGGAAUUUGUGGAAUAUCACUCUAUAGAUUCAGGCUACUUCUUAGUAUUCAGAUACGACGGGUUUUCAAAAUUCCAUGUCUGUAUAUUUAAUAAAACUGCUACUGAGAUUGAUUACCCAUGGAGUGCUCCAAGCAGUGAUGUGGAGCCUCAUUUUGACAAGGAGUCUUCAGAAGAUCAUGAUGUUGAUGAUGAAGAUGAUGAUGCUGAUGAUGAUGAAAUUUCAAAGACCAAACAACCCGUUUCUUCUAAUGAAUUUAUAGAUAAACUGAUGUUUGCUAGUAGGCAUAUCUCCAGAUUAAAAUUGUCUAUGCAAAGUAAGAGGGCACUCCAUGCUGCCAGAAGUUGCAAAUGCACACGUCCUUCUUUCAUUGUUCUCUUGCAUAAAUAUAACAAGCAUCUGCAUGUGCCUACGGAAUUUGUGAUGAAGUACAUGCAGAGCUGUUCAGAAGUUAUAACACUUGAGGCUUUUAAUGGGAAACAGUGGCAUGUUAGUUGCAAUUCGAAAGAUCUUAGAAGUUCAAAUAAGAGAAGCCUAACCAAAGGAUGGCGUAGAUUUGCGAGGGACAACAAUUUGAAAGCAGGCGAUGUCUGUGUUUUUGAGCUGAUCAAGCGGAAGGAUACUCUGCUGAAAGUUUCGAUAUAUUAUGCAGAUCCAGCAAAGAAAUGCUCAAAGUAAUAUUAAGCUUAGUUUGAACUUUGUAACAAAAGGGACUAGUAAACUAGAUAUAAAUCUUUUUUUCCCGUAUUUUGAGUGUUUGUUUAGUGAUAUGGCCCAUCCAAAUGGGUAUUGAAAUAGCAUAUGAACCUUGUUAAUCUUGAUGGUUUUGAACUUACUGAUGUAUGGUUAACUAGGCUGUUGAAUCACAAGCUUCUUUAAGUAUCUUCUUUGUGACUGAAAUGUUUGAAGUGAUUUAAGCUUUUCAUGUAUAUUUUAAGAUAUUUAUCGAUUUAUCUUGGUUCAGCUAA